GUUGCGCAUCUAUCCCCUGCGGAAGCCGCGCCACCCCUCCCUUGGUCGGCGCGCGGAAUCUGUGAGGGCAAAUGACUGCAAAAAAGCAGAAAGAGAAGAGGGACCAAAGAACCAUAGACGAAAAGAAGAGACUGGCUGUAGUAAAUAUGCAGAAAAGGGCAAGGGAUAAAAGAGCCAGAGACAGAGGGAAACUGUCAAAACAAAGACAGGUUUCAGGGAAUAGUUCUCCCAGAACACCCUGGAUAAUUGAAAUGGUGGAGCUCAACCGGUUGUGGAGUAAGCAGGCAAAAGAUUUUGACGAACGAUAUGGGCAUCCUGAUCCAGUUACUUCGGACCGGAGUUUUGUAGAGAAGCCAUUUGGUGCUACAUAUGUGGAUUGUGAUGAUUCAGUGGCUUCCAGUAUUGUCUCGCUUGCUUUAUUCGAUGAAAAGAAGAUUUUAUUUGCAUGCUCGGGCAUAGCUAUACAACGUAUGCCAACGACGCGUCAAGAAGUAUCAAUAAUUGCGACUUCAAAACGUUUGGUUACAGAGUUUGAGAAUAACAGAAACAGAGCUGAUAGAUUGAGGAUUAAAGUGCUCCUUCCUCGCGAAAGAAAUAUCCAUAUAGAUGGCUUCUUGGGACUAUAUGAUAAAGAUACUGCUAUUGUCACGUGCUUCUACUUCUCAGAUCCCCGUUCUGUCAAUCUGGAUGCUCAGGUACAACAUCUGUCUGAUCAUGAUUCAGUAGUAGCUCUUGGGCGUGCCUUCAACUCGGGCACUUUGAUGUCCGUUGAGGGGCAGCGGAUUCAUGUCGUGACUACGGAUGGCUCUGAACGUGCUCUGAUCUAUAAUUGCACUAUCACAGAGGCUGGACUUGGAGGACCAGUUAUUGAUAAGGAUGGACACUUUCUGGGGUUGAACAUUGAUUGUGAUACCAAUACGAAAAGGACCUCGAUCCUACCAUGGCAGUUGCUUCGUGAACGCUUGCAAUAUUUUGAGAAGUACACCCCUAACUCUACCAAUUUCCGUGCAUAUACCUUGCCUGAAGAUUUAUUCAGCAUAGUCCCAUCAGGACAUUGGAAUACUGUCAACUAUCUGACAUCCAUGGGAUAUCCUAAGCCACCACCACUUGUGCUCGAGAUUGGUGGGAGUUUGUGUAAUAAAUUUGAAGAGAAAUUUGGUGAAUCAUAUGUUUAUAAGGGCUUAGAUUACAAUCUCUGGUGUCGUGGUACUAGGGAGGGGGUCUUCUCUAAACUUCGGAAAGAAGUCUUAACAAAUAUAUGCCGGCGUGUUGUCUUCCUUACUUCAUACAAUGGAGACAGGAGAUCCUUCGCUUGCACAGGCUAUCUUAUAAAGUGGCAUAAAAAAGGCAUGCACGUUAUUCUGACCUCGGCCAGUUUGGUUAGGAGUCCCGUUGAUGAAGACAAGAUCGAUGAGAAAUUAAAGAUUGAUGUAUUUUUCCCACCGAAUCAGCACGCUACCGCGAAAUUGGAACUGUACCAUUUAGAUUAUAACAUUGCGGUAAUCAGUGUUCAGAAGCGUCUACGUGGUACUCAUCCGGAGAAUAUUUUCCACACAGAAAAGCCGCGUAAAAAGGUAGUAGCUAUAGGGUGUGAGGUUAAUGAUGGAGUAUUAAUGGGGAAAACUGGUGUAGUGGCUAAGAAGCCUUAUGACAAACCUAGCAAGCUUGACUGCAAAGACCUUGAGCUGUCUACUUGUAAAAUGAAGAAGGCUGGGAUUGGAGGCCCUCUUGUUAAUUUUAUUGAUGGAAGUUAUGCGGGCAUGAACUUCUAUGAUGGAACUCAUCAAACACCUUACCUGCCAAGGCGUAUCAUUGCAAGAGUUCUAAGCGAGACCGAUCUCCCAUCACAAAGUGGAAUGAAACACCCCAUAGACAUGAUGGGUGAAUCCACGGUUAAAAACAGGUGGCCAGUGCCUAAGCCAUAUUGGUACCAUGAAUUGUUUGAUGUUCAUCGUCCUCUGCGCGGGUUUGGUGGAAGGCAACUCCAGUAAACAUCAUCGUGUGUCACAGAAAUCAGCCAGCGCGCUUCAUGGUUAGGCGUGCCCCUCCUCUGCUGGCCGAUUCAAUCACGCUACCCCGCACAUGUGCGGCAGCGCCACAUAUCAACGCACAGCACAGGGGGUCCGUUAGUAGAGAAAACAGAGGAAGAUGAUUAAAUCGUUGGGUGUUGUUGUUUCAUUCAGAUAGUGUACUGUAGUUAAAUUAUAUCAGUUCAAUGGUAUCACAAAAGUUGUCCCCAAAUAUGUCUAUUUUCGUACUAUCCAGAUGAAGAAAUCCCGUGAUUGUCAUCCAUUUAGCUGUGAUAUGAAAAUAUAACAUAAGCACAAUUUGU